AUGAAGGUUGGGAUAUCGGAGUUAUUGAAUGGAGUGGGUGAAGGAGUAGAGCAGCAUAUAGAAACGUUGGAGUCUGAAUUUAGUGACUUGCAAAAGCUUCUCAUUGAUCGCACCAGGAGGCUCAAGAAAAUCGACCUUAAAUGCCAAGAAUUUAGUGGGGGAAGAGAGAAUCGCAGUGAAGACUUCAAAAUUUCAAGCUCAGCAGACCCCAAGGCAGGAAUUGAUGAAGCACACGCUUUACUCAUUCAGGAUAAGGAGUUCUGGAUGAGGCAUAUGCUUCUAUUGGCAGCAAAUCAGGUCCGAAGCGCCCUCGUUGGAGUAAAAGAUCAGAAAAGAAGUGUUUGGUAUGAAUUGUUUUAUUGCCAGCGAACAUUGUAG